UGAAUUUUGCCUACCGUCAGAGGUAAGAGUGGAAAACAAAAUUGGAUGUUUUGAAUCCUGUCCGCAGAAAAUGUCCAUGUUUAGACAAACAUGCUACAACAAAUGUCCUACCAACGCAAAAGAAAUUCGAACAGAGCUUGGAACAUUUUGUAACGUAGAGCAUGAUUUUGAAUGCCAACGCGCGUCUUGUCCGGAAAACUUUCCCAUGUGUUACAGAAUGAACUGUUUAAAGACGUGUCCAGAGUAUACAGUUCAGUUAAAUAACGAAUGCAUUUUGAAAUGUCCCAGCAAUCAGUCUUUCGUGGUUUCAACAGACUGUGAAGGACCUUGCCUGACCGGAAACAAAACAUGUUUCAAAUCCUGUCCAGUUUCCCAUCCGUUUUUGUUUCAAGCACCAAGGUUCAAACAUUGCUUGCAACAGUGCCCUCUAUAUACAUUGGAAGAUGGAGUUAAUAAAGUUUGUCAUCUGAGUUGUCCGAGUAAAGCACCAUUUUUAUACAAUAGAACCUGUUAUGAGACAUGCCCUCCGUCUAAUCCAUUCAUACAAACCUUGACCACAGAGUAUAAUUCGAUCUCUCAAUGCUCCAACUCUUGUUCAGAAAAUGAUGUGGUGGACGGAGAAUAUUGCGUCAGUGCUUGUCCAAAAGGAAAACAUCUAUUUAACAAUACUUGUAAGGAAAACUGCCCUGUGUCGCAUCCCUUGAUGUAUCCAAAUAUAGAAGGACUAUUUCUAAAUUCUAUAAGAAACUUUGGCAAGGCAGAUUUUAUGUGUGUUAAUUCCUGUAAUUUGGAAACUAAUUCUAUCAUCAAAUACAACUUGGAAUUCGAAAAGAAGUGUUUGAAAACGUGUCCUCAAAUUUCACAUUUUGCUUUUAAUGGCUCUUGUCUUUCGUUAUGUCCAAUGUCUCACAGGCUUAAUGUUAAUUACAGCAAUAACUAUCAAUGUGUGGAAUCGUGCCCCAAGGACAAGUUCAUUUCUAAUGAGACGAAUUGUCUCAACUCCUGUCCAGCAGAAGAAAAUUUUAUGCAUAAUAAAACUUGUUUCAAGCAAUGUCCAAUCGAAGCAAAAUAUAAAAAAUUAAACUCCUAUUUAUCUCAUUAUGAGUGUUAUCAAAAUUGUCCCGAAUACAACCUAAUUUUUAAUCGUACUAUUUGUAUGGAUAUUUGUCCGACGGAGGCAAAAUACGAAAGUAAUGGAACCUGUGUUGAGCAGUGCCAAGACGAGCUCAAGUAUUCAAUCGGAGAACGCGAAGUGACUUCUGAACUCUAUUACGGUAGUCCUACGUAUGAAAUUGGACAUUUUUGUGUAGGAAACUGUCCUAAAGCGUAUUUCGUAUUCGGAAACAAGUGUGUUAAAGAAUGUCCUCAUAACCAAAACCAUGUUUUCAAUAGCACCUGCCUCAAAACCUGCCCAGAUGCAUUCGUCUUUAGAAAACUCGAAGGAGGUCAUUACAAAUGCAUUGCGGCGUGUCCUUCAGAAUCAUUCGUUUAUAACAAGUCGGAUUGUGUGCCUUCUUGUCCAACUGAAGCUCGUUAUCAAAUUAAAAAAACAUGCGUUGCAAAUUGUUCAGAUGAACUGAAGUACAAAUUCACUAAUUUUACCACUAUAAUUGUGAACUGGGGAGAUACAAAGAACAUAUACCAUCAUUUCUGUUUAUCAGACUGUCCGUCAAAUAGCCUCUAUUACCUUGAUAACUGUGUCAAGGAAUGCCCAAAGGAAGCCAAUUAUCUAUUUAACAAAACAUGCACCACAUCAUGUCCAGAAAACAGAAACUAUGCUCUUUUAACGGGAAAUUAUUACACCUGCUAUGAUGACUGUCCUGCUAAAACGUACAUAUACAAUGCGUCUCUCUGUGUUUCUGCGUGUCCAGAGGAUAAGAAUUUCGAAUUUAACAGUACAUGUUAUGGCAAAUGCCCAGAUUCAAGUGAUUUCAAACUUCACGACGGUUCAUAUUUCAAAUGUAUGGAUGCAUGCCCUGUGAACACAUUUAAUUUAAAUUUAACAUGUGUUUCCCAUUGUUCUCCGGAUACGCUUGAACUUGGGAACAAGUGCGUCCAGUCUUGUCCAAACGAUAGACCACUUAAUUAUACAUCAGGCAAGGGGAAACAUUCCUGUGUGUAUUCCUGUCCGUACCAAACAUUUAAAUUCAAACAGAACUGCUUCGAUCAAUGUCCAUCCGGUCUUCGGAACCAUCUUGGUACGUGCAGACUGGAGUGUCCACAAUCACAUCCAUACACAGACAUAGUUACCCAAAAGUGCUUAAGCACGUGUGAAAACAAUUUUGUAAUUGUUGACAACAAGGUUUGUGAUAAAAAGUGCCCUCGUGAUAAACAAUACAUUGAGAAAAAAACAUGUGUGAAAUCUUGCAGGAAUCCAAAUUCAUUACUCCAAAAUGCCAAACAAGGGAUAUUUUGUCAUGACCAAUGUCCUCAUCAUUUGCUUCUCAUGGAAAACAAAGGGACAUGUGUUGAGAAAUGUCCAGAUAAUAAGUUUAUAGUUGGUAGUGUUUGCCGAGCUAUAUAUAAAUGUCCAAGCCAUGCAUAUCUCGAACACAUUGAUUAUGGCAAAAGAUGUACAAAUAGAUGUUCAUCUACAUUUUUCUUAGAUGGCAGUCAUUGUGUCCAGGAAUGUCCACCAGAAAAGGUGAUAGUUAAUGCGAUGUGUGCUGACGUAUGUCCACCGAGUCAUCCGAUAACUUACAAGAAUUUCGGAUCUUCCAAGCCACGUGUUACAUGUUACUCAGUUUGUCCUGACAACUAUGUAUUAAAUAGCACAACCUGUAUUGAAGAAUCUGCUUGUCACGACAUGAAACAUUUCUCAUAUGAUCAUGUCUGUUACGAUGCUUGCCCAGCGACCACAGGACUCUCUGGAAAUUACACAUGUGUCUCCAUAUUGCAAUAUAUAUUUAUUUCAAUCGGUCUCAUUAUACUCACAUUGAUUUUGAUGGCAGUGUUUUAUUAUCUAACGUGUUUUACUGGAUGGAGACCGAAAGAAUUGAAAGAAACGGGGAUACAGAAAAUAAAAACACACUUUCAGUUGGUGACACGUAACAAAAACAAGGAGAAGAAUACAAAAUACGUCAUAAAUUUCAAAAAGGGAAAGCGAGAAACGGCCGAAAUUCUGGAGAUGAACGAUGCAAACCGAACGGAUGGAGAAAAUCUCGAAGAAGUGGUGGAACUAAAUGAUGGGUUCAAACCAAUUACUUUUCGCAGGCGUAAUGUUUAAGUAAGAAUGAAUGGUAGAUUGAACAAUUUUCGUUUAAGAUAUUCAUCUUAUCUUUUUAUGAAGGAUAUGGAGAUAACGAAUAAUAUUCAAUAUCAUAGUCCAUAGAACAAUAAAAAAAUAGGAACAAAGCAAACACGGACCUCUAAAACAUCAGUGGUGGGACCAUGUUCCAUGAAGGAGUGAGCAUCCCCUGCUGACC